AUGGAAGGUGUCGUAUGCCCAAUCUACAAAAAUGACGACAAGUUGGAUCGCUGCAUCUACCGCGCGAUCACACUGCUGAGCGCCACCGACAUGGUACUCACCCAAAUUCUAUGCCGCCACCUGUCACCAUUCGCAAGAGAGUUCGUGGGGCAAUACCAGGCGGGAUUCAUGGAUGUCCGCGCUACCUCGGACCAAAUUUUCACGAUUCGGCAGGUUCUGCAGAAAUGCCGCGAAUACAACGUGCCCACACAUCAUUUGUUCAUCGAUUUCAAAUCCGCAUACGACACAAUCGAUUGUGAUCAGCUAUGGCAGAUUAUGUACGAGUACAGAUUUCCGGAUAAACUGACGCGAUUGGUCAAGGCGACGAUGGAUCGAGCGAUGUGCAUGAUUGACGGUGACGAAAUCGAGCUGAUAGAUGAGUUUGUGUAUUUGGGCUCACUCGAGGGCUCACUGGUGACCGCCGAAAAUGAUACCCUGCGCUUUGGUCAGAGAGCGUAUAGGGCGUCGUUGUGCCAAUUUGGUCGUGGCACAUUUCGAGUAUGA